UUAUGAUAACUGUUCUUCUAUUUUGAGGAGUUUUGUCUGAACAGAAAAAAGUUGAACUCUUUUUGAUUCCAAAUCCAAACCAAGAGGGAGGAGACACAGAGAAGAAACUGUAGUCUCUGGUAUUGUAAUGGAACAAGAUUCAAGGCUCCAUGGAGAAUCAACAGAAGGUGAUUUGGAAGCUAGAGACCCAGAAACCAACCCUCUAAGGCAGACUCUGCUCAAGCGAAACACAACACUUUCUUCCAACCAUUUAGCCAUUGUUGGCACCAAAGUCUCCCAUAUAGAGAGUUUGGAUUAUGAAAUCAAUGAAAAUGAUCUCUUCAAGCAAGACUGGAGAACCAGAUCCAGAGUACAAGUUCUUCAGUACAUAUUCUUGAAAUGGACAUUGGCUUGCCUUGUGGGGCUCCUCACUGGAAUAAUCGCCACUCUUAUCAACCUUGCUGUUGAGAACAUUGCCGGUUAUAAGCUUCUAGCUGUAUUUGCUUAUAUAGAACAAGACAGGUACUUCAUGGGGCUUCUGUAUUUCACAGCAGCCAAUUUUUUUCUGACCAUGGUUGCUGCUGUUCUGUGUGUGUGGUUUGCUCCCACGGCGGCUGGUCCUGGUAUUCCUGAGAUCAAGGCUUAUCUCAAUGGAGUUGACACUCCCAACAUGUUUGGUGCAACCACAUUGAUUGUCAAGAUAGUUGGAAGCAUUGGAGCUGUUUCAGCUGGCCUGGAUCUUGGAAAGGAAGGACCUCUUGUGCACAUUGGCAGUUGCAUAGCUUCUUUGUUAGGACAAGGGGGCCCUGAUAACUACCGGAUUAGAUGGCGAUGGCUUAGGUAUUUCAAUAAUGACCGCGACCGACGGGAUCUCAUCACCUGUGGUUCUUCCUCAGGGGUUUGUGCAGCCUUCCGUUCGCCUGUUGGUGGCGUUCUUUUCUCCCUCGAAGAGGUGGCUACAUGGUGGAGAAGCGCCCUGCUAUGGAGAACUUUCUUCAGCACAGCAGUUGUGGUGGUGGUUCUCAGGGCAUUCAUUGAGAUAUGCAAUAGUGGACAAUGUGGGCUGUUUGGAAGGGGAGGACUGAUCAUGUUUGAUGUAAGCAGUGUUCCUGUUACGUACCAUGCAAUGGACAUUAUCCCUGUUGUUUUAAUUGGUGUCAUUGGUGGACUUCUGGGAGCCCUUUACAACCAUGUUCUUCACAAGGUCCUUAGGCUGUACAAUCUCAUUAAUCAGAAGGGAAAAAUCCCCAAGCUCCUCCUCAGUCUUGGUGUAUCACUCUUUACUUCUGUGUGCCUAUAUGGUCUACCUUUCCUUGCCCCUUGUACAGCCUGUGAUCCUUCUCUUGAAGAGUCUGCUUGCCCCACUAAUGGACGAUCAGGCAACUAUAAGCAGUUCAACUGCCCCAAAGGAUACUAUAAUGAUCUAGCAACUCUACUCCUUACCACCAAUGAUGAUGCAGUUCGCAACAUCUUUUCGACGAACUCUGCAGGCGAAUAUAAUCCUGUCUCCCUUCUAAUCUUCUUUGCACUCUAUUGCGUCUUAGGACUAAUCACAUUUGGUAUCGCCGUGCCAUCUGGGUUGUUCCUUCCUAUUAUCCUCAUGGGAUCAGCUUAUGGCCGUCUGCUCGGUAUGGCAAUGGGAUCUCACACAAGUAUUGAUCAGGGGCUCUACGCUGUUCUUGGUGCAGCCUCUCUCAUGGCUGGUUCAAUGAGGAUGACUGUGUCGCUCUGUGUGAUAUUUCUUGAACUCACCAACAAUCUUCUUUUACUACCCAUAACCAUGAUUGUCCUCUUAAUUUCCAAAACCGUGGGAGAUAGUUUCAAUCUAAGCAUCUAUGAGAUUAUACUGGAGUUGAAAGGCCUGCCUUUCUUGGAUGCAAAUCCAGAACCUUGGAUGAGGAAUCUCACUGUUGCAGAGCUUGCUGAUGCCAAGCCGCCAGUCGUUACACUUAAUGGAAUUGAAAGGGUGUCUCGGGUUGUGGAAGUUCUCAGAAACACUACACAUAAUGGUUUCCCUGUUGUAGAUGAUGGGGUGUUACGGCCUGUGGGAGUGGGCGUUGAGGUAACCGAAUUGCAUGGAGUAAUCCUCAGAACUCACCUGCUCCAAGUGCUAAAAAAGAAAUGGUUUCUGACAGAGAAACGAAGAACAGAAGAUUGGGAAGUGAGAGUGAAAUUUACCUCAGUUGAUUUGGCCGAAAGGGAAGGAAAAAUUGAAGAGGUGACAGUGACAAGGGAUGAAAUGGAGAUGUACAUAGAUCUGCAUCCCCUGACAAAUACAACACCUUACACGGUGGUAGAAAGUAUGUCUGUGGCAAAAGCUAUGGUUCUCUUCAGAUCAGUGGGGCUCCGCCAUAUGCUCAUUGUACCAAAGUAUCAAGCAGCCGGGGUGCCUCCGGUGGUUGGCAUUUUGACAAGGCAGGACUUGCGGGCACACAACAUUUUGUCUGCUUUUCCACAUCUGGCAAGAUCUAAGAGCAGAGAGAAGCCAUGAACAUCUAUAAUCAAAGAAUGGCGGCAUUGACUUUCUUGGCGCAAGAUGUCUCAUUCUUUAUUCUUUAAAAAGUUUGAUCAAGUUAUACACAUUCUCUCAUCAGAGACUAAGAGGGUCCAAUAAGAUGCCAAAAAGAUAUGUAAAGCUUCAUUCAAAUUCUCAGAGAGCCACAUAAGAUGCCACGGUCCACAGGGACAUAAAAUCAAAUUUCAAUUAUUCUUUUUACAUGAAUUUCAGUCAAAGGAGAACAAAAUUUCAUUUCUUCUACAGAAAAAAAAAAACCAUCAAAAAAGGUGUGGAGGAUUUUGGUCAGAGAUUUUUGUUUUGCUUUUCAUUCUUCUUCUUCUUCCAAGAACCGCACUAUGAAUAUAUAUAUAUUUUUUGAGAGAGAGUAAAAUAGACUUGUAAUUUUCACUUGUCA